AUGGGUAGAUCCCCUUGUUGUGACGAUCAAAGUGGUUUGAAGAAAGGUCCAUGGACAGCCGAAGAAGAUCAGAAGUUGGUAGAUUUCAUUAACAAAAAUAACCAUGGAAGCUGGAGAGUUCUCCCCAAGCUUGCAGGCCUCAACAGGUGUGGUAAGAGUUGCCGGUUAAGGUGGACUAAUUACCUGAGGCCUGAUAUCAAGAGAGGGAAAUUCUCCGAAGAAGAGGAAAGAAUCAUCAUCAACCUUCAUGCAGUUGUUGGAAACAAGUGGUCGAAGAUUGCAACUCAUUUUCCAGGGCGAACUGAUAAUGAAAUCAAGAACUAUUGGAACACUCAAAUGAGAAAGAAGCUGCUACAAAUGGGACUUGAUCCAAACACCCACAAGCCGAGGACAGACCUCAAUCACCUUCUGAAUAACCUUUCACAGUUGCUUACCACAGCGAGUGUUGGAAACAUGAUGACUAGGACUCCAUGGGACAAUGCACUAAGGCUACAAGCCAGUGCUUCACAGCUAGCAAAAAUGCAGUUACUGCAAAAACUUUACAUGCAGGUUAUGAAUUCAUCAGUUGCAGCUCCUGCUAUAGAUAACCCGACUAGUAUUGGUAUAUUUGGUUCUCAGAACAUUGACCUCUUUGGAGGGAACUUCAAUGGAGCAAGUAGCAUGGUCAAAGAUCAAGAAUGGAACCACGAUAGCAUUCCUGGGGCUCCUAAUGAGUUGAACACUAUAUCCAACACUACAUUGGAAGGGUUUGAAGGAUUUAACAGCAAUGUGAACAACAACUUGAACAACUGCUAUGAUAUGCAGAACUUUAAGAACCAACAUCCUGAAUUGGUUUCAUCAUCUCCUGGGAGUUCAACCACCAAUAAUCGAAUUGAAAGAACGAGCACAAGUGAUAUUCAAGAUGCAGGUCAGUCAUCACCCACUUACAUCUUUGAAGAUUGGGAGAAACUCCUGGAUGAUGAUACAAGUGAAUCCUACUGGAAGGAUAUUCUACAGUAA